UGAUUUAUUGCUGGUUGCACCGUCGUCGCCACUUCCACGCGAAGUGGGCAGCUGAAUUUCAAUUAGCUCAAUACAAGUCAGUUUGAACGGCAGUGAAUCGGAAUCGAGAGACGGAGCCAGGAAAGGAAAGGAAAGGAAAGGAGGGGAGGUGGUUGAAGAGCACGAAAAGAAAGCUGGAAACGGGGGGAUAAGCGCACAGAGGAGGGGAGAGAAAGCGUGAAGUGACAUCACAUUUCCCAGCUCCUCGUUCCUCUCCUCCUCUGUGGAACCUUUGCUCUAUUUCUCGCCGAGGAGGCGCGCGCACAGUUCGCUAUUUUCUUUACGUCGCAAGUAAAGAAAAAAAAAAGGUGGUGGGGGGGGCUGGACUGAAGGAACAGGAAAAACUGAAACCAUGAACAACACUUUCCUAAACAUGGCGUCGAUAGGCGACUUCGACCCACUGAACUCGUCUAUUCCUGCCACCAAAGUUGAAAUUACGGUGUCCUGCAGAAAUCUGCUGGACAUGGACACCUUCUCCAAAUCAGACCCAAUUUGUGUUCUCUACGCUCAAGGCAUGGGCAACAAGGAAUGGAGAGAGUUUGGGAGAACGGAGGUGAUUGACAACACACUAAACCCAGACUUUGUGAGGAAAUUCAUGCUGGACUACUUCUUUGAAGAGAGACAGAAUCUCAGAUUUGACUUGUAUGAUGUUGACUCAAAGAGUGCCAACCUGCAGAAACACGACUUCCUGGGCCAGGCCUACUGCACCCUGGGAGAGGUGGUUGGAUCGCUGGGCAGUCGCUUGGAAAAGCCUCUUGGAGGCAUUCAAGGGAAGAAAUGCGGGACCAUUAUCGUGAAAGCCGAGGAGUUGAACAACUGCAGGGAAUCAGUGAUGAUGCAGUUCUGUGGGACCAAGUUGGACAAAAAGGAUUUCUUUGGCAAGUCGGAUCCGUUCCUGGUUUUCUACAGGAGCAACGAAGACGGCACGUUUACCAUCUGCCACAAGACCGAGGUGGUGAAGAACACACUGAACCCAGUGUGGCAAGCCUUUAAGAUCCCCGUGAGAGCUCUCUGCAACGGAGAUUACGACAGAACAAUCAAGGUCGAGGUUUACGACUGGGACCGAGACGGCAGCCAUGACUAUAUUGGAGAGUUCAGCACCAGCUACAGAGAGCUCUCUAUAGGACAGAGCCAGUUCAAUAUCUAUGAGGUGAUAAAUCCCAAGAAAAAAGGAAAGAAAAAAAACUACAAAAACUCUGGAACGGUAACGCUGCUGUCCUUCCUCGUGGACGUCGAAGUCACCUUUCUGGACUACAUCAAAGGAGGGACCCAGAUCAACUUCACGGUGGCCAUUGAUUUCACAGCUUCCAACGGAAACCCAGCCCAGCCCACCUCUCUCCACUACAUGAGCCCAUACCAGCUGAACGCCUACGCCAUGGCCCUGAAGGCGGUCGGCGAGAUCAUUCAGGACUACGACAGCGACAAGAUGUUCCCCGCGCUGGGCUUUGGAGCCAAGCUGCCGCCGGACGGACGGGUGUCCCAUGAGUUUGCCCUGAACGGUAACCCUCAGAACCCAUACUGCGCAGGCAUUGACGGCGUAAUGGAGGCCUACUACCAGAGUCUGAAGUCCGUUCAGCUCUACGGACCCACCAACUUCUCCCCCGUCAUCAACCACGUCGCCAGAUAUGCUUCUUCUGUGAAGGACGGUUCUCAGUACUUUGUGCUCCUCAUCAUCACCGACGGCGUUAUCUCGGACAUGGCCCAAACGAAGGAGUCGAUUGUCAAUGCUUCAUGUCUCCCAAUGUCAAUUAUUAUUGUGGGAGUCGGUCCAGCAGAAUUUGAUGCCAUGGUCGAGUUGGAUGGCGAUGAAGUCAGAAUCUCAUCCAGGGGAAGAUUUGCAGAGAGAGACAUUGUUCAGUUUGUUCCAUUCAGAGACUACAUCGACAGAAGCGGGAACCACAUUCUAAGCAUGGCCCGGCUCGCGAAAGACGUCCUGGCCGAGAUCCCGGACCAGUUCCUUUCCUACAUGCGGACCCGGGGGAUAAAGCCUUCGCCGGCGCCGCCUCCCUACGCGCCGCCGGGGCAGCCCGUCCAAACCCAGAUAUAAGGAGCGGUAGAGAGUCAAAAGUCUUACAGUCAGGUGUUCUCCAAACUUAACGCGCAAAAUACUUCCGUCUCCUUAAAGCCGCUCUCUAUGCUUUGCCGUCAUGGAUGGCCCGGGAGGGGGAAGAAGGUUUUCUCGCGGUCAGGAAGCUGCAUGUCAGGCCCAAAAGGUGCUUCAGAAGGAAAACGCAGCAAGAGUCUGUUUACUUCCACUAUUGAGCAUUCCUGUAAUUGUCUGGAUUUUGAUAGGAUGUUUAUUGUUUUUCUUCUAUCGUGUGGGUGUGAGUGCGAGUGAAAACCUAGAAUAUCUCUGGAGAGAGCCGAUAGAUUCAAACUGUGCGGAGAAAAGAGAAGCAAAAACGUGAAGAAGUUAAUGAUCUGGAUUGUAGCUUGGAAAAAAUGUGAAGAGAAUGUCUGCAGACAAAAAAAAAAGAAGUCACUUAAUCUUCUGUAAAAAAAAAAAAAAAAAGAAAAUAUGUAUUUUCUCUUUCUCUUUUCUCUCUCUCAGACUCAUUGUUUACAGUAAAUGCUAGCGAGGAUUUUUACUGUUGAUACUUUUAUAUACAUACAGUUUCACCAUAAAGGUUGUAAUACUUUCUCUUCUCCUGGCUUUAUGUCAGGUAGCUGCAGUGCAGGUCCUGGUAGCCCUACUGUACCGUACCGUGCUGUACCGUACUGGACUGUAUUCUGGUGUUUGUAUUAACCUUUUGCAUGCGUGUAGCCUCAGUCAAGUGCAUGCAGAUAGUGACCCUGCACUACCUCUUUUCUCCAUACUUGUGUUUGUGGGACGUAAAUUCCUGUGUCUCACUUGACUUCUCUUCCUUUGUGCCUCUCACUCUUUUAGUAGCUGUGUUUCCAUCCAACUUAUGUUUCUUUCCUGUGCUUUAUUUAUUUAAUAUUAUAAUUUUUUUAAUCAAAUUUCUCUAAUUUUUGAAGUUCAAAAGGUUUGUUCUUAUAAUGGAAAGUUUUGUGCAUCACUUUAACCCAGACAACACAUACUUUGUUUGUUGAAUACAACUCAAAAAUGUUUGAAUUACAAUCCCAUCGCCAGGCGUUUGAUUAAAUAGUCAAAUGAAUCAGUUGCGUUUUGUGCUAACAAAAUGCUAGCCUUCCAUAAUAUUAGAAAUGUACCACAACAUCAUAAUGCUAGCUUUUCUAUUUGAUGUUAGCAUUAAGAUGUUUACAAUGGAUACUCAUACAGGUAAAAAGAUGUAGGCUGAUGUCAGAUAGCCUCCAACAUUAGCUGAUUGUUUUGAGCUAGCCUACCGUCCGCAGCCAAACUGAACUGGACUGCUAGCAUGUUGUUGAUUCUUAAGUUGGUCGUACACACUGAUAGAUAUAUUGGUUACCUCUAGUCCAGUUUUUCAAAAUUAAUAAAGCGCUACAGCCUUGAACAGAUUCCCUUUUACAGCAACUUGCCAACAUCAGCUGACUCUUUUGUGAGCUAGCAUAGCUUCCAUCGCCAAACUAAACAGAACUGCUAGCAUAGCUUCCAUAGCCAAGCUAAACAGAACUGCUAGCAUAUUGUAGAUUUUUACUUUUCUCAUAUACGUAAGCAGAUUUUUUUUUUUUUUUUUGGUUUUCCCCAAGUCCAGUUUUUCAAAACUAAUCCAAAUUUACGGCACUUGAAACACUUUUGAGCGACUCUAAAUUUUAUGUAGCAUUAUUGACUGUUGAAUGGAAAUGUAGCUACUGUCUUCAUAUUCAAGUCUCUCUUUUUUUUUCCCUCCAAACUUCCUUGCUAAUCAUGGCCAAGGGGUUUCAUGUCAUUGUGUCCUCACACCACUUUCCUCCCGCCAUGUUUUAACACCUCAGCAGCUGCUCUCAAACUAAAUGCUGUUUGAGCAAAAAGAGCCCAGUGGUCAAAAAUGCAUCGAAAAUCUAAAUUAUCCCAUUGCGUGCGUUUGGUUUUCGUUUUUCUUUUUGGUACUUUGUGGCGAGCAUGUACGUGCGUUUUGCAGGUUUUUAUUACACCUUAUAGCUUUGAUACAACUUUGUACACAAGUUUUAAUAUUUGUAUUUGUGUGUGCCAUGGUCUGUGCGAGUCGUGAUCCACCGACAACGUCCGUUGAAUUAACACUGAUGUCUUCUAUUUUGGUUGCGAAUGUGGGUUGGAUGCUGUCCGAUUUGUGCUGUCAGCGAUGAAUGAGAAUAAAAGAUUGAAUGAAAUAACGUAAUAGCAGGUAAAUUAUAAAAAGGUUACCGAAGUAAUAUCUUUCCACACAGGUAUAAAGUACUUAGUAUUACUAAAAGUUUUAUUUAUGAGCUUGAUGAGUAUCAACACAAUGUUAAAAUGAGAAAUAUAAGAUAAAACUCCGAACAAAAUAUUUUUUUAAUUGGAUAAAUUCAAUCUUUUAGGCUUAAUACAGCUUAAAUACAGAGUACAUUGGGAAAUUACCUAUUCAAAAAGUAAUUUCCCAAUCAGACCUGCAACAGUUGCCUCUGAAUCCCAAACUUAUGGCAUUUUCUUUCUCCCUCGUUCUCAUGUGCGGUCACUGUAGCAGUCUGACUGAACCAACUGUGUGUUUGGUAGCUUAGCUACAGCUGCUGUGUUCAAAGCUUAGCUGGACACCUCAUUAGGACAGCAGGUCAAAAUGACCAGCUCAUUACCGCAUCAGAUGCGGUGUAAAACACAAGCACUAAACUGGAAACUGAUCCUGCACUGUGGGGUUUACUACGGGCUGCAUUGAUUGGAUGGGCAAAUGUGUUUCUGAUGUUCGCUCUGCGUAACUUCGACUACUGACUUGCCAUGUAAAACUGUGCUGGGUAGAGUUCAGGUAUUUUAUUUAUUAUAAGUUCAACUCUAGAUUAAAAGGAAAGUGUCAGAGAAAGUUAGCCAGGACUGUAGAGCGGUAAGUGACCUGUUUUCUGACAGCCUGUCGGUGCUUCAUUUCAUUUGGAAAAUUGAAAUAAAUUGCCUAGGUGAUGCUGAGUAGGAUGGUAGCGCUCUAAUUUCCCCAAAGGUCGUAUUCCAAACAAUCGUGACCCUAAAUGUAAGCCCUGGUAUACAUCUAAGUCAAUAAAACAGGGAUAAAAAGAAUUGGCAGUGAGAAUAUUCUUUUUCCCAGUUGGUAACGACUGUUUUCAUCUCUUCUAACGUUUAAAGUACAAACAAGGUUCAGAGAUGACAUUUGUAGGGAUUUGUUUAGAUAUCUGAAGAUCAUCUCAAGACCUUUUACCUCUUUUAUAACUGAUCCAAACUUUGGAAAACCUGGAAAAAGGAAUAUAUGCUGGCAUUUUUUUUAUGUCUAUACAGAUUUUUGGGGCCCCAGUGGCCUUUUAUUGAAUAGUGUAAACAAGAAAUAGGGUGGAGAGAGAAGAGGAAGACAUGGAGCAAAUGGCCCAGGACUGGGAAUUGAACCCAGGACAACUCCAUCGAUUAGUACCGCCGCUGCACUUGGUACACGUGUUCUACCAACUGAGCCACCCAGAACCCUGAAUACACACUGAUUCAUGUCCUAACCAACUAGUACAAGUUUUCACAAAAUGUUUGGGCGUGACGAAAUAUCGACAUUCCGAGGUUCCAUUUCUGUUGCCAAGCAAUCUAAAUCAUUUUAUUAUUAUUUCAUUAAAUAAUUAAUUGGCCACUUGGUGGCACUCAUGGACUCUAUGGUACACAACCAUACCAAGAUGGUCAGGCAGCCACUAGUUAACAUCACCACAUGGUGUGUGAUGUUUUAGUUAAUUUGUUUUUACAAAGCCAUGUAUACAAUCUCCUGUGUAAUUGACUACAUUAAUUAUGUCCUUCCAUAAAUAUUAUGACCAGAAGCCUGACUUUAAAUUUUAAUUUAAAAUUUGAUAUUUUGUAGAUCUGAAUGUUUUACACAUCGACUGGUGAUCAGGACGGAGAUUUUUCUCAGCCCUGAGUUCACAUGUGAAGCAAAUCUCUUCGGCUUUUAGUUCCUUUUGCUUAAUUUCUCAUGCUGUCUUUGGGCCUAUAUAUGUAUAUAUAUAUAUAUAUAUAUACAUAUAUAUAUAUAUCGGUGGCACAGCUCAUUAAAUCUGCCUAUUCAUGAAGCCAGAAGUGUGUUUAUGAAAGUGUGUGUAUGCGUGCAUGUAAAUUACUCUGUGUGUGCGAGGCACAUUUAUAGGACUUUUUAUAUAUAUAUAUAUAUUAUUAUUAUACCAAGUGAAGUGUUAACACAAGUAAGAUUUUUGUUUACUACAGAUAUCCAAAUAAUAUGUUGUAUGCUUGUCAUAUCUUCUUAACGACGUGCACUACUAUGUUUGCAUGUACAGUUUUACAAGGGAUGCACUAGAUCCUUUUGUUGAAGACCGAGUGUUUUGAAAUCUACAGAUUACCUACAUGAAGGAUUAACUGUACAAAAUGGCCUUAAAUCUUUCGCUGACUCUCUUGGAAUUGUGCGAUGCCUUCUUCAGAAAACUGUUUUAUUGAAAACGAUUUGAUCCGUAUCUACUUUGUGUCGGUGUUUCUAUUGCUUUCUUGUGUUUUCUUUGCACAAAGUUCAGUUCUGGGAUUAAAAAAAAAAAAAAAGUCUAUAAAUCUAUAUAUCUUGUACUUUUUCUGAACCCGUGACUGAUCAGAUGAAGCAUGGCGAAGUACUGAUUGUCUGAUAAUACAUAGAUGACUAUUUCUGUAUUGAACUAUGGAUUUUUAAAUAAAUAUUCAUAUUAAACUCGG